AUGGAAACCCUUUUGGAAGCAAAUGAAGGUUGUUCCCUUCGCGAUUUCUCUUCCUACCAUUUCCGUUCUUUUGAAUGCAUCGAAGGGCCAAAUGCAGCAGAAGCUUGGCUUACGGAUAUAGAGGUAUUGUUUGAUACUCUCAGUUGCACGGAUGAACAGAAGGUCCGAUAUGUUAGACUGAAGCUAACUAGAGAAGCUGGGCAAUGGUGGAGUUCAAGAAAGGUGCUGCUAGGUGACGAUGUAGUGAUCACAUGGGAGAUAUUCAAGGUUGAAUACAACAGACGCUUUUUCCCUAGAGCCCAAAGGCAGUUGCGUGCUAUAGAAUUUCAGAACCUCGUUCAAGGUAAUAUGACUGUAGAACAAUAUUCUGCUAGAUUUAUGGAAUUAGCCAGGUUUGCAGCCAACCUUAUCCCUGAUGAAGAAUCGAAGGCAGAAUGA